CGGGGCGGGGCGCGGCGACCGGGCGCGGCGGGCUCCCCCGGGGUCCCAGCGGGCCGGCACUCGGCGGCCGCGGCGCAAUGGAGGCGCCGGCCGAGUUGCUGGCCGCCCUGCCUGCGCUGGCCACUGCGCUGGCCCUUCUGCUCGCCUGGCUGCUGGUGCGACGUGGGGCGGCCGCGAGCCCGGAGCCUGCCUGCACGCCCCCGGAACCCGCGCCCCCGGCCGAGGCCACCAGGGCCCCGGCGCCGUCCCGCCCCUGCGCCCCCGAGCCGGCGGCCGCGCCCGCGGGGCCAGAGGAGCCUGGGGAGCCCGCGGGGCCGGGGGAGCCCGGGGAGCCUGCGGGACCGGGGGAGCCCGAAGGGCCAGGGGAUCCCGCGGCGGCGCCAGCGGAGGCGGAGGAGCAGGCGGCGGAGGCGAGGCAGAAAGAGGAGCAGGACUUGGAUGGUGAGACGGGGCCAUCAUCAGCAGGGCCAGAGGAGGAGGACGAAGGCUUCUCCUUCAAAUACAGCCCCGGGAAGCUGAGGGGAAACCAGUACAAGAAGAUGAUGACCAAAGAAGAGCUGGAGGAGGAGCAGAGAGUUCAGAAGGAACAGCUGGCUGCCAUCUUCAAGCUCAUGAAAGACAACAAGGAGACGUUUGGCGAGAUGUCCGACGGCGACGUGCAGGAGCAGCUCCGGCUCUACGACAUGUAGACUGCGCCCACGGGAUGCACAGUGGCCAUGCCUGACGCUGUCCCCACCCCUGCCCCACGCCCUUGUUCUUUCCAGACUUCUGUAGGCCUAAUUUGCCCUUAUAAACAUAGAUGCAGGCGUACAUUCUAUACGUACUUGCCCAGUUCUUGCAAUGUGUAUAUUACUUUACAGGAAUCAAAACUGUUUUCUCAGAGGACAAAGUCCCUGAUCCCUCUGGCUUCUGCUUGCUGGUGAGGUUCCAGCUGUUAUGGGGCUCUGAGACCCUCUCUUGAUCCAAAUCUUUUUUUGUUUGUUUGAGAUGGGGUCUCACUCUGUUGCCCAGGCUGGAGUGCAAUGGCGUGAUCUCAGCUCACUGCAAUCUCCACCUCCCAGAUUCAGGCGAUUCUCCUGCCUCAGCCUCCCCAGUAGCUGGGAUUACAGGCAUGUACCACUACGCCAAGCUAAUUUUGUAUUUCUAGUAGAGACAGGGUUUCGCCAUGUUGGCCAGGCUGGUCUCAAACUCCUGACCUCAGGUGAUCCGCCCGCCUUGGCCUCCCAAAGUGUUGGGAUUACAGGCAUGAGUCACCUUGGCCAGCCAAUAACUACACUCUUAUUCUGCCUUAUGAGGAUUUCUGGAAGCUUCUGUAAUUGUAGGGAAGCAAGCUGUGGGGGAGCAUUCUUAAUUUUUUUUUUUUUUUUUUUUUUAAGAGACAAGGUCUCAUUCUGUCACCCAGGCUGGAGUGCAGUGGUGCCAUCAUGACUCACUGCAGCUUUGACCUCCCAGGCCCACAAAAUCCUCCUGCCUCGGCCUGAGUGACUGGGACUACAGGUGUGUACCACCACACUCAGCUAAAGAAAAGUGUUCUUUUCUUUUCUUUUUUGAGACAGAGUCUCACUCUGGUGCCUGGUCACUGCUUGAAUGCUUCACCUUCUGGGUUCAAGCGAUUCUCCUGCCUCAGCCUUCCUAGUAGCUGGGAUUACAGGCAUGCGCCACCACACCCAGCUAAUUUUUGUAUUUUUAGUAGAGAUAGAGUUUCACCAUGUUGGCCAGGCUGGUCUCGAACUCCUGACCUCAGGUGAUCCACCUGCCUCGGCCUCCCAAAGUGCUAGGAUUACAGGUGUGAGCCACUGUGCCCAGCCAGGAGGGCUCUUUUAGCAAAAAGCCUAAUUCAGAGACUCACCUUUCAUCCUGGCACUAAACAAUGGUACUAGAGGUAAGAUCUGCCAAGAAUUUCUCUCACUUAAGCAGAAUACUUACUUUAAAUAUAAUUAGGCAAGACUUAUUUGAGUACUUGCCUAAUUAUAUUUCAUUAGAACUAUGCUAGACACUGUAGACAGAAGAAAUAAAACACCCCACCUGGUCCUUACCUUUCAGCAGGUUAAAGGCCUUUAGGGAAGAAAAGCCCGUGUGCAGGGAAAGAGAUGUCACCAGAAAGCACUCAAUAAAAUGCCAAAGUGAUCUUACAGAACAGUGCCUGUGACACUGGAGGGGAUUGUUCCAUCUUCAUGAGUGAACAUACAAUGAUGGGGAUAACUGGUCCUUCACACCAUGCAGGUCCCAUUUCUGAUCACCCCACUGGCAGAACAAUUCACAGUUCUUCAGCAAACUGAGUUAGGGAGGGUAUGCUAAAGACAGAACCUAUGCAAGUUCUUAGCAAUAGUUUUUGUUUGCUGAAAGAAAGCUCAAUCAACACACUACAUGAAAAAAAGUGGAGCAGUGGCAUUUCCAUGCCUCAUGCUCACCAUUACAAGGUUAACUUCCCGCCAUCACCUCUUGCCUGCCAGGGGCUUUUCAGAAGCCCCUCUCUGUUCCACCCUUUUGCUUCUUUGCUGACCAUUCACUCUCUGUGUCUGUUGUUGGAUCCAAAUAUGAGUGUUUGUCUUUUGUGGUGAAUGCUUUUUUCCUUCUUGAAAUUGUUUUAAUGUGUUUUGUCAAAAGCAUUUAACCAUGUUAUGAUUUAAGAAUUCUUUGUUCACUUGAGGUCAGGAGUUCAAGACCAGCCUGGCCAAUAUGGCGAAACCCUGUCUCUACUAAAAAUACAAAAAUUAGCCCAGCAUCCCCUGAACAAAUGACCAUCUGGAGGAGAAGGUAACUGCAUUUCAUUGGGGAUCUGUGAUAAAAGGGAGCAUGGGUGUUGGGGAGACACCUGUUCCACCUCAGUUUCCUAUGAGGUCCAGGACAGGGCUUGGUGGGCACUCGGAAGCCAGUGUCUGAAGUGCUCAGCAUCCUCCUCUUCCUCGGUGGUAGGUGUCUACUGCCCAGGCCCCACCCCUGGCCGUGGACACUUCAUGGAAACACUGCUGGUUUGCUAUGGUGUUGGGUGGCUCUUGUCUAUUCCCCAUAAGUGCUGGCCUCUGUUGACACCAUUUCUGCCACCUCAUCUGAGAUUGCUCUCAUCAGCUCACAGAGAUUCAGUUCAGAGAAUGAACCAAAUCUAAGCUAAAAAGCAUAAAGGAGGGCAGAAAGAAACAGCAGGGUGGGAGAAAGAGCGCAAACACCGAGGGAAAGAUGUCUACCUGGCAGUCACGUCAGAGAAUCACCAGUAUGUACGUCACUGCCACCAAGAACCUAGAACCACAGAGGCCUACAGAAGCCAAUCCCAGUGGAACUCUCUCCGGGUGCGGGGGCUGAGAGAACCUAAAACAUUCAGGUAGCCAGAGCUUCUUUCCAGUGAUGGGAACCAGUCUCAAAGCCUUUACAUCUCUCCCCCGCCCUCCCUCCAUCACUCUGCUGAGAACUCUGCCCCACGCUGGCCUCUGCCGACAUGACACAAAUAGCAGUGGCCUGUCACUCAUCAGUAUCUGCAGUUCUGUUUACCAAAGCCUGCUUGCUAGAGACUUUUCAGGGCCUCCUUCCCUCAAAGUGUCCAUUGUACCUCCAUCUGGAUACAAUUAGCUGGCUCCCCACUUCCUGGACUGACAGUAACCACCUUUUCCAAUGACCCUGAAGAAAACACGCAAUCUAAGCUGCUUUACGAGUAAACCUACAACUGAGGACAAAUUUUCUAUCAACCCCCAGUACCCCUCUCUGCUGUGGCUGAUUUGUUAAUGGUUUUCUUUUUUUUUUUUAUUUUUUUCAAUUUGAAAACGUAAAUAAUUAUACUAA